GGUGAAAAAGUGGAAGCACUGGCCAUGGGUAGCCCGACCGUUAAUGUUUGUAAACAUCUUAUUCAUUAUUCAAGCAGGCUUUACAAAGUAAAUAAAUAUUAAUAAUUGAGUGGGUGUAGAUUGGCCACUGUUAGUGUUAAGGGGAAAUGUCAGCCGAUGACAUUAAUGAAAAAGUCGAUUAUAAGAAGAAAGAACCUGGCUGCUUGAAUAACCUUCUAUUGUAUGAAAACUACUAUUCACGGCAACACGAAGACGUAUGGAAAAUGGGAAAGGUAGUUGAAAUUCAAUUGGCUAUCGACAAGUGCAAAGAAAGUAUCCUAGCUUUGAAAGAAACAUCUGAAGAAAAACGCCUUUUAGUCCAGCGGCUAGUUAAAUUGCGGCUGAGGCUUCAAGAAGUUCAGGAACUUGAAAUAUACACAGAUCCUAAACAAGUCAAAGUGGUGCAAAAUCACAAAUUUAUUUGCCAAACUGUUACACAGCUAAAGUUUCAUGCAUCUCAAAUUUAUUGUGAAACAUGUUCUGGUCUGAUUUGGAUCCCAGUUCAAAGUUGUUUUGCUUGUUUGGAGUGUGAAUACAUAUCACAUGGGCAAUGUCUGAACAGUGUCAAAAGAAUCUGUGCAUCUGUUAUUGUUAAAGAAAAUCCUACUUACAUUCUGGAAAUUUGCCCAGAGAAAGGCUUAGGAAAUCAAAACUACCGUUGUGCUGAAUGCAAAGCCGGUAUCUUAUUUAACACUACACUAAACCAACCUCUUUUGUGUGAUUACUCUGGUCACUACUUCUGCAGUGAAUGUCAUUGGGGAAGUUUAAGUGUAAUUCCAUCAAGAGUGGUGCUGAACUGGGACUUCCAAGGAUAUCCAGUAUCUAAAGGAUCAAAACAGUAUUUAAAUUUAAUGAUGAAAAAAUCUAUUCUUAAUUUGGAAUCCAUCAACCCUAAGCUAUUCAGCUUUGUAGAAGAACUAGCUUAUGUCAAGCAACUGAGAAGUAACUUCAUGAUAAUGAAGGAAUACAUUCUAGCAUGCAAAGAGGCAUUAGAAGCUAAACUGCUUCGUCUCUUAGAAGACCGCCAACAUUUCGUGGAGAACUCAGACUACUACAGUGUUCAAGACCUCAUCGACAUUUAUAACAAAGAUAUGCUAUCUUACCUUGACCCUAUACAUAGUCAGUUUUUUCGGCAUAUUACGCAAGAUUGUUUGGGCUGCCGAGGUAAAGGUCAUGUAUGUCGAUUAUGUGGCCAGCUUCCCGAAGUCUUUCCCUUCGAGGUUUCCGUCUCGCAAUGUGAGAACUGUCGCAGUGUAUUUCAUCGACAUUGUUUUGAAAAAAAGGGCGUUGCUUGCCCGAAAUGUUCUAAAGAUAAAUGUGUGAACUAGAAAAACUUCAUUAUUGUUAUUAUUUAAAGAAAAUAUAGGUUUGUGGGUUAUAGUAGUAUUAUUUACAUUGUUUGUGAUUUAAAAAAAAAAUCCUCUUAAUUUUAUGAAGAAUUUUUUACUGAUCCUGUAAAUACAAAAAAUGUUGAACAAUAAAAAAAAUUGGAAAGCUUA